UUAUAAUAGGUUAGGAUUUUACUCCAUGUGUUUGUUGACAACACCUCGAUAUGAUUUAAAUUAAACUACAACAAAACAGAAAAAUGAAAGUUAAAGUAAUUAGCAGAAAUCCUGACGAAUAUCUUCGUGAAACGAAACUGGAUAUACACAAAGUGCCCAGAAACUAUGACCCAGAUUUACAUCCUUUCCAAGCAGCUAGAGAAUACACUCGUGCAUUAAAUGCGGUAAAACUAGAACGAGUAUUUGCGAAACCGUUUGUGGGCAAUCUUGAUGGUCACAGGGAUGGGGUCUCAUGCAUUGCCAAGCACCCUGAGAGACUGUCAACACUUAUCAGUGGUGCUUUUGAUGGUGAAGUAAGAGUGUGGGACUUACCCACAAGGGAUUGUGUUAGAGAGUUUACAGCACACAAUGGUAUUGUUAGAGGAAUCACUUACACCCACAACACUAAUAAUUUUAUCACAAUUGGCGCUGAUAAAACCAUUAAAACUUGGAAAUCACUUGUUCCACAAUUUGGUGAGGAAGAAGAGCCAGUGAAUACUAUACUGAGUAAAACUGUUUUAACAGCAAUUAGCCACCAAAGGGGCCAAGUUAUUUUUGGGACAGCUGGAGAAGCAUGUCAGAUUUGGGAUGAGACUAGAAAUGAACCAGUAAAGUCAUUUGUCUGGGGUGUUGAUAGUUUACAUGAUAUUGCUUUCAAUCCAAUUGAAGUUAGCACACUGGCAACUUGUGCAAGUGAUAGAAGUAUUAUUUUAUAUGACAUGAGAGACAGUGAACCACUUAGAAAAGUUGUAAUGAAGCUAAGGACAAAUAAAAUUGCCUGGAAUCCUAUGGAGGCAUUUACAUUCACUUGUGCCAAUGAAGAUUAUAAUUUAUACACAUUCGACACCAGGAACUUGAAACAACCCACAAAUGUGCAUAUGGGUCAUGUUUCUGCAGUAACUUAUGUUGACUAUGCUCCAACUGGCAAAGAAUUUGUAUCUGGAAGUUAUGAUAGAUCAGUAAGAAUAUUUGAAGUAGACAAAGGACACUCAAGAGAUAUCUAUCACACCAAAAGAAUGCAGAGGUUGACCUGUGUUCAAUGGACAUUAGAUAACAAAUACAUUUUGAGUGGAUCUGAUGAGAUGAACAUCAGAAUAUGGAAAGCAAGGGCAUCUGAAAAAUUAGGACCAUUGAAGCCAAGGGAAAGAGCAGCACUUCGUUACAGUGAAGCUUUGAAAGAAAAGUAUGCAUCUCAUCCACAAAUUAAACGGAUCGCGAGACAUAGACAUGUGCCGAAACAUAUUUACAACGCCGCGAGAGAACAUCGUAUCAUUAAAGAAAAGGAAAAACGGAAAGAAGCCAACAGGAGGGCGCAUUCCAAACAUGGGGAAGUGCCAAGAAUACCAGAGAGGAAAAAACAUGUUCUCAAGGAAUGCCAAUAAUUUUUUGUAUUCUGUUAAAUAUACAUCUAUUAUUUUUAAA